UAUAGAAGCUCUGUUUCCUUGUAAGUUUGUUGGUGAUCUUAAUCUGCAUGAUUCUCCUCUGUUGUUUUCAGGACUAUGGAAAAAGAGCGGCAAACUUCUCUUCCUAGGUUUGGAUAACGCGGGCAAAACUACACUGCUUCAUAUGCUCAAGGAUGAUCGUUUAGCUCAACAUGUACCCACGUUACAUCCAACAUCGGAAGAAUUGUCUAUUGGAAAUAUGAGAUUCACAACUUUUGAUCUGGGGGGCCAUACUCAAGCACGUCGUGUAUGGAAGGAUUACUUUCCGGCUGUUGACGCGAUAGUAUUUCUCGUCGAUGCGAGUGACAGAUCAAGAUUACCAGAAUCAAAAGCCGAGCUGGAUGCAUUAUUAACUGACGAACAACUCAGCAUGUGUCCGGUUCUUGUACUAGGCAAUAAAAUUGAUAAACCAUCUGCAGCUUCUGAGGACGAACUUAGGAAUUUCUUCAAUCUGUAUGGGCAAACAACAGGAAAGGGUAAAGUCGCUCGUAUUGAGAUACCCGGCCGUCCACUGGAACUAUUUAUGUGCUCAGUUCUGAAACGACAGGGAUACGGGGAAGGCUUCCGUUGGCUCGCACAGUAUAUCGAUUAAACGUAUCUAUUAUUGUACACAUGACAGACAGAUUCUUGACAGUUUCAUCAUACAUUACUUUCCUCUGAUAACGAUGUUGAUACCGGAAUUGUAAUAUUUUUCGCAUGAAUUCAGCAGCAUAGAAGAGGAAUACUGUUUCACCGAUCUCAAAAAAGAUAGAGAAUCCAAGCAGUAAAUGAGAAAUUCGAGAUUUUCCACAAAUAGAGAUGAAUAUUCUCGAAAACAUUGUACACGCGGAUGAUAGGACUUUGAUUUUCUUUAUUUAACAUUGACAUGCGAACAACUCUUGGGGAAAUUGUCAUUCUUUUUUCUGUAUAUUUCGAAUUCCAAUACAAAUUUCAUGGAAUCCUAUCAUUUUGCGAGUCACACUAGACGAAUACCAUUAAUACGUGCUGAAAAAUGAAAUAAAAACAUUUUGAUAAAUAAAACUAAUAAAUUAUUUAAGAAUUCCAAAUGUGUUUUUUUUUUUGUAGAUUUUUUUCUUUUUGGUCAGCGAUAUUAUAUUUAACGGUGAAUAGUUAUCUCGUAUGUUUUAUGGCUUCCGGAAAAUUGAAAAAAUGUAAUACGUACUUUAUAAAAGUUUAAUUAAAUUAAAAUUAAAAA